CGCCGCCCAGCCAGAAUGUCAACCGUCAUCUGUAGCCUGCCUCUCGGUAACUGACACCCCCUCACCUCGGUGCUGUCCAACUGAACCACAACACGUCAACUUUAUCUCGCUGGUGGUUUCCCCUCCGCUUAAAUUUAACCCGAGUUUUCAGCGAAAGUAAACGGUGAACGGAAAGUAUCUUUGGGAAGCAACAUGCGCUCUUUAGCGGGACUGGCUGCCAUCGUGGCGGCGGCAAGUGUCUACCUCUACCUGCUGUCGAUGCACCUUCCCCCGGGACGGAAGCAGGUCCAGCCGGCCUCUAAGGGGGAAGGUGAGGAAGUCGAGGAGUAUAGUCUGAAGUUCCCGUCUGACCUGGAGUCUCUGCGGGAGCUCGCAGACAUGCUCAAGUUUUAUAAAAGAGAAAAUCACGGCUACGUUCUGCUGCUGUUCUGCAGCGCGUACCUGUACAAGCAGUCUUUCGCCAUACCUGGCUCCUCCUUCCUGAACAUGUUAGCUGGUGCAAUAUUUGGGCCCUGGGAGGGUCUGGUGUUGGCCUGCCUUCUAACUACUUCAGGCUCCACAUUCUGCUUCCUGCUGUCCUCAGUGUUUGGGAAGCAGUAUGUGGUUCACUUCUUUCCUGAAAAGGUGGCCUUACUGCAGAGGAAGGUAGAGGAAAAUCGUAGCAGUUUAUUUUUCUUCCUCCUUUUCCUUCGUUUCUUCCCUAUGACUCCUAACUGGUUCCUUAACAUCACCUGUCCUGUCCUCAACAUCCCUAUGUCUAUUUUUUUCUUCUCUGUGUUUAUCGGCUUGAUCCCCUAUAACUUCAUCUGCGUUCGUACGGGGUCCAUCCUGUCGCAGAUCUCCUCUCUGGAUGACAUCUUCUCCUGGGGGACGCUGGCUCAGCUCUUGGCCAUCGCCCUCAUGGCUCUCCUUCCUGGAGCACUGAUUAAACACUACAGCAAAGCUCACCUCAAGGUGGACGGCAUGGACAGCAACGGUACCAGCCUGGCCAACGUCAGUCAGGACAGGAAGACACGAUGAUGGCUGUGCGAGGAGGGACUUUUCAUGGAAGUUCAUGUCAGAUGAACUUGAAGGCAUGCGACCUUUUAUCCAGGCCAGCCGUGUGAUUUCUGUAAGGUCACACUAAAAGCUCGUCAUACUCAGGGUAUGAUCUGUUCUGAACUUGUCCUCCGAUCAUGUUACAGUUUAGUCCUGUAGUUUCCUGAAGAUCUCACAGUGCUGAUAUAAAUAAACACAGUUUUCUGAGAUGGGCAAUAAAAUUCCCGGGAGUUCCUCAGAAUACCUUCAAAGCUGCCAAGGCUGAGACGUUGUUUCUGAAAGUGCUAAACACAUCCCGUAGAAAUACUAUGAUUAGAGUUUUAUAAAAGCAAUGCAAUUGCAGCUUUGAGAUUAAUGUAUUGAAUUUGUACCAUUAAAAAGUAGGUGUUUAAUAUUUAAUAAGGCUGCAGUUAAAGAUUAUUUUUUAUCAGUCUUCAGUUUAUUUAUUUGGUUAACAGAUUCCUUGUUUUGUCUGAAAAAUGUCAGAAAAAGUUUAAAUGUCACUGAUUUUUGAAAACUCUUUGAUCAGAACCUAAAAAUAUUGAGUUUAUUAUUGAAGAGAACAAAAAUCAUCACCUUUUUUUAGUUGCAGUAUUUAACACUAAUAUUUUUUUUAAAAGGAGAAUUAUUUUGGAAUUCCUCUAAACUUGGUCCCCAAACAAGAAAAAACACAGACAUGUAAUUUCCAGUGUUGGUGCAUUUCACUGACUUGAUUGUUUGUGAAACUAUCUGUCAGGUUUUCAUUUCCUAUGAUGCAAAAACGUGUUUUUUAGCCUGAUUUUCUUUAAGAUCUAUGUGUUAAUAUUUAAUUGCAAAAUAUUUCCUUUGAGUUGGACUCACUGCUUGUCAGGGUUUAUCAGAUUCUUGGUGUGUUAAGGAGGCUAUUAUUGUGCCAAGCACAGAUUUUUAUCCUAUUGAAGCCUGAAAUGGUAUAUUACAUCAGGUCUUAAUGAGUUAACUCAUUUUUGCAGAAGAAAUUUGUAGUUUUUUUUAGAGGCCAGUUGCAUAAAACUCCCUGUAGUUUCAUAACUCAAACUUCAUGUGCAUAAGGGCAGAAAUUAAUAUAUCUCUUAAUUAGAUUUGGAAGCCAAGUUUAUGUGCUGAUCUCCUAAAAUAAGUCAAGCCAACAGUGUUCCUAACACAGUUGAAGAAGAUUCCUGUAAAAAGUGAAGCAGCACUUGAUCCAACAAAGACUUGUCCCAGAAAAUUGGAACAGUCUCUGUAUACUUGUUUUCUCAACAAUUAGUAUAAUCAGAAAAAUAUAUCCAUUAUAUUAAAGAGCAAAAUAAUCUUGUCUGUUUCUUUAGGAUUGCUUAAAUUGCUCAAAUAAGGAGCACUAAUUCUGCCUUUGUAAACAUACCAGUUUGUGUUAAGGAUGGGAUGUAUGCAUGCUUUUGUGUGUACACGUUUAUGCAUCUGGCUCCAAAUGUUUGUACAGUCACUUACUGCUUUAUAUUCAUGAGUCUGCAUUACUGUGUACAGAGAUCAGCUACACUGUGGUGAUCAUUAAUUCUACAUAUUAUAGCUGCAUCAGUGCAUCUCCAAAAUGUUUAGACUUUCAGAUGUCUGACAGAAUUUUUUUUUUCUUAAAGCACUAGCACAUGUCUUAAUGUGGCUUCGGCUGUUAUAGGUGUGAUCUACUCAUGUCAUCAGCAAAGACAAAACAUGCAUAAAGUGGUGAUUUUCUAAACUCCUUAACCUAGAGGUUUGGAGAUUACUGAACUUUAAAAUAUAAAUGCAUGCUUUUAAAUUAUAGAAGUUUUAAGGUUAGUAAAUCUUUUAGUCUUAUUUUUGCGGAAUCAAAGGUAAAACAAACCAUGAAAUUUGCUGCAGAUGUUUACCACCAUACUUUUUAAAAAUAAAAUUCCAGUGCAAUAUCAAUUCAGCUUCCAGCAGGAAUUAAGUUACUUCCAACAUUUAAAUUGCAGACUUUCAUGAGAAGACCACAUCAUAAGCUUCUGUUAAUGUGAAGCUUCUAACCCAGUGGUGAUUUUACUGUAAGGUUGGAUGUCUGUUUACUUUAAAAGUAAGGGCAAACAGACAGUAGAAAAUAGUCUUAAAUUGUCGCUUUUUAUCAAAAACUGGAGCAUGUGGAAUAGCUACAUGAAUUUAGAUGGAGCUGAGAAACGGAUUCAUAAGAAAAAAAUGGAAAAAAGCUUUUCAUAAACCUGUGUCUGCUGUUUGCUUUGUUUGUCAGCAUGUGGUUUUCUAUCAGUUUUAUAUUGUAAACUAGAAAUCUUCAAUAAUUAAAGGUUAAAAGUGG